UCUUCCCCUUCGUUACAACCCGUUUCUCACCCUGAUCUCGCCGAUGCCAGCGCCCACGAACCCGACCGAGAUCGCGUUGCAAGCCUCCACCACGAACGGAAUGUCGUCCGCCGAGAAGAAGAAGCAAGCUAGGGCCAAGUUCGAGGGCGUGUACCAGGUCCUGCGCAAGGACCUUCUGGACCACUUUGCGGGCGAGGGCAUGCCGAAGGACGCCAUCGAGUGGUACUCCAGGAACUUGGACUACAAUGUUCCCGGCGGCAAGCUCAACCGCGGCAUGUCCGUCGUCGACUCGGUGGAGAUCAUCAAGGGUCGCGCGCUCACCGACGAGGAAUACUUGAAGUCGGCGAUCUUGGGGUGGUGCAUCGAGCUGCUUCAAGCUUUCUUCCUCGUCUCUGAUGACCUGAUGGACUCCUCGGUCACCCGUCGCGGUCAACCAUGCUGGUACCGCGUAGAGAACGUCGGCCUGAUCUCGAUUAACGACGCGUUCAUGCUCGAGGGCGCUAUCUACCACCUCCUCAAGAAGUAUUUCCGGCAAGACUCGUACUACGUUGAACUGCUUGACCUCUUCCACGACGUCACCUACAAGACGGAAAUGGGCCAGCUGAUCGACCUCAUCACCGCUCCUGAGGACCACGUCGACCUCGACAAGUUCUCGCUAAAGAAGCAUCAACUCAUCGUCAUCUACAAAACCGCCUUCUAUUCCUUCUACCUCCCCGUCGCCCUCGCCAUGCACGUCUGCGGCAUCCCCCCAUCCCCAAACUCUCCCUCGGACCCUUACAAGCUUGCGCACGAGAUCCUUAUCCCGCUCGGCGAGUACUUCCAGGUCCAGGACGACUUCCUCGACUUCGGGGGCACCCCGGAGCAAAUCGGCAAGAUCGGGACCGACAUCCUCGAUAACAAGUGCUCGUGGUGCAUUAAUACCGCGCUCGCGGUCGCGACCCUAGAGCAGCGGAGGGUGUUGGACGAGAACUAUGGCCGGAAGGACGCGGCGAAGGAGGCGAAGGUGAAGGAGGUGUUCGAGCAGGUCGAAAUUCGGAGGCGGUACGAGGAGUACGAGCAGACCGCUUACGAGAGGAUCAACGGACUGAUUGAGACCAUCCCCGCGGACGCGAAGGAUGGGGAGCUGAAGAGGGAGGUGUUCACUAGCUUCUUGUCGAAGAUCUACAAGAGGACGAAGUGAUCGAAGGGUUGGGAUAUCAACUGCUAAUCAAAAGACCAUUGUAUAGUCGUAUCAUCGUGCUGAAUAGAGAUGCUUU